AUGGCAGCGCGCAACGCAGACAAGCCCAGGGCAAGCGGGCGCGCGUCCAUCCCCACGCCGCCCGUCAAGUUUGCCCUCGAUGACCGCUAUUCGCAAGGAAAGCACGCCGUCGUCACCAAGCCCAAGCCCAAGCGCUCCGGUGGCUUCUCCGGCUGGCUCUUCUGGUUCGGCACUCGCGUCACCGUCUUCUACCUCAUCUAUGCCGCGCUCUGGACCUGCCCUUCGCGCCCGUUUGCAUUCGACUACUCGGCCAAGGAUCCACGACCCGUCUGCCGCAACUUGGCGCAGGCUCAUGAUCAACUGACUCCCAUCGUCAAGCCGUACUGGAACCUCGCCCAGCAAAAGGUGCAGCCGUACACUGACCCCGUCGUGCGCGCCGUCGCUCCCUGGGCCACGCGCCUCCACAAGGUCUCCCGCCCCGUCUAUCGCGAGGCCAACAAGCGCGGCCGCCUCAUCUGGAAGAAGCGCAUCGACCCCGCGCGUCGACGCGCCCUCAAGGACAUCAACAAGCGCAUCGACCCCUACGUCAAGCAGGCACACAGCUACCACAAGAAGAACGUCCAGCCGCGCAUCGACACCGUCCACAAGGCCGUCAAGCCGUACCACGACAUCUACAAGCGCGACGUCUCGCCGUACGUCGACCGCGCAUACCAGUACAGCCUGCACUCGUCGUCCGUCUCGUACGCCUUCUACAUGGACAAGGUGCACCCUCGUGCGGUCAAGGGCCUCAAGCAGAUCUACAGCUUCCUCGUCAACCACGUCGACCCCGCCGUGCGCAGAUUCUACAGCCUCUAUGUGCGCCCGCAGCUCGAGCGCCUGCUCGCCAAGGUCUACGAGCGCAAGGCGCACUACCUCGGCUCCGACGCCAUCAAGACCGCGCAGAAGGACAUGAAGCACGCCGCGCACGAGGCGGACAAGCAUGCCAAGCAGGCCGUCCGCGAGGCUGAGCAGCAGGCCAUCAAGGCGCAGAACGACCCUUCGCUGCUCGACCGCGCCAAGCAGGCCAAGGACGCCGUCGUGGGCGGUAAUACUCAUGGCGAGACCGAUCCCGUCAAAGUCGCCCAGCUCGACGCCGAGCUCGAUGCCGAGGAGGACAAGGUCAAGGAGCUGCUCGAGGUGUGGGAGACGCGCAUGUCCGAGCUCAUCGAAAAGGAGUACAAGCUCGCCGUCGACCGCAUCGCCGACCUGCGCAACCGACGCCUUGCCGACCUGCCCGACCGCUUUGGCCUGGUCAACGAGGCCUUCGUCGAGGACACCGUCGCGCUCCUCCUCAACCGUGUCGAACGCGGUGCGCGCAAGAUCUCCAACGGCUCCGGCGACGUGACCAGCAAGGUCGAGGCGGGCAACAGGCUCGUGGACCAGCAGCUCACGCGCUUCGACGAGGCGGCGCAGGAGACCAAGUCGCAGAUCGCCGCGUUCUACGAGGAGCUGCUGCAGCAGGAGACGCAGGCCAUCGACACGAGCAGUGCCGAGGUGCGUCGCUUCGCCGGCGCGGCCAAGGAGGCGUACGACGAGAUCAUGCGCGACGCCAAGUUCGCGGUCACCAUGGACGAGUGGCAGGGCUGGGACGUGGGUGUGCGCAAGCGCGCCACGCUCUUCACCGAGGAGCUUGCUGCGGUGCAGCGCGGCACGAAGCGGGUCAGCACCGCCUCGGGCGCGGUGGAUCUGAGCAACGAGGCGCCCGACGUGCAGAAGGAGAUCAACGCGCUCCGUGCGUGGACGGAUAAGCUGCACGGUGCGGCGCGCAGGGAGCUGGUGGCGUACGGCGACUCGGCACUGGCGCAGCUCGCGGGCGGCGGGGUGGUGGCCAAGAUCUCGGACGUCACCGACAGGCUGGCGGAGCAGGCGAGUCGCAUCAGCACCGACGCGGCCGCUGGCAUGGUCGGUGCCGUUGGCGCAGCGCGCGCCAGGUUGGGGCUGGGGGAGCCCGCAGCGGACGGGUACGUGGCGCGCGCCAAGGCGUACGUCGCCGCGGGCACGGGCUCGGGGUCGUCGUUCGACGACUAUGUUAGCAGCCUCAGUGCGGGCGCGGGCGCGGUGGCUAGCUCGGCAUCGUCGCUCGCGGGCCAGGCGAGCAGCAGCGUGGCUUCUGCCGUCGACACGUCGUCCGCGGCGUCGGCGUACGAGGCCGCUUCGUCUGCGGUCGCAGGUGCCGCGAGCGCUGUAGCCUCCAACGCGCAGGCUGUGGCUUCGUCGGCAUCGGGCGCGGUGGGCGGCGCGGUAUCGCAGGCCUCGGUGGCAGCGAGCCGAGCCAGUCGCAGUGCAGCUUCGGCGGUGGGUGCUUCUCCCACGCCCGAGUCGGUCGCGGACUACAUCGAUGCCGUCACAGCCGGUGUGGGCGCAGCCGUUGACAGUGCGGUGAGUGGUGUGGCGGCGGUCUCGUCGGGUGCGUCGUCGCUUGCAUCCCAAGCGAGCCGCAGUGUUGCCUCGGCCGCCGGUGCAACGCCCGAGUCGGUGGCGGACUACGUCGAGGCUGCGCGCGAUCACGUCGUUGCGGCGGGCGGAAAGGCGGCCGAGGCAGCGCAAGGCGGUGUGUCGAGUGCAGGCGUGGUGUAUGCGUCGGGAUCGUCGCUCGCUUCCGCCGCGUCUCGAUCGGCUGCAUCGGCGGUGGGUGCAUCCCCCUCGCCGGAAACGCUGCAGGACCGUAUUGACGACGCGCGCGAUGGCGUGAACAGCGUUGUUGACGCCGUCACCUCGAGUGCAGGCGUGGUGUAUGCCUCGGCUUCGUCGCUCGCCAGCGCAGCUAGCCGUAGCGCCGCAUCCGCCGUCGGCGCAUCGCCUACACCGGAAACCCUCGCCGACUAUGUCGACGACGCCACCGAUGCCGCCGACAAGAUCGCUCAAAAGGCUCAGGGCGCUGUCAGCAAGGCCGCGGCUCAGCUUCAUGUUGAGCUGUAA